GGGAGGUGAUACCCGGGUUUGUAAUAGUAAAGAAGAAGAAAAAAAAAAUGAUCUAGCUUCGCUGCCAAGGUUCUGUCUGCGCUGGUUCACGGGCCAUCCCGCCCGCGCGGGAGCGCAAGUCACGCACACACAGACACACAGACGUACGCACGAGCUCUUCCCUCCACCCACGAGGGGGCGAUGGCUGAAUUCGUUGCAGGCGCAGGGCUGAUAUCAGUCUCGGAGAUUGUUUACUAGUAAACAAAGUAGCUGGACCAAAUCUCACCCCGUUUUUGGAUAUACUAAGUCUCUGGGAUUAAAAAACUCGUCUGCUGGUAUCGGACCCAUUGAAAUAUAUAAACCUUAUAACAGAGAAUACCAAUUAUUUUUAUUUUAAAGAAAGACGAAGAUAAACAUAAUUAAAAAGAUAUUUAGUAAGAUAUUUCACAUCGACAGCGAACAAUAUUCAAAUAUGUUAUAGACUAGUAGAUGUAUAGAACAUACCACAAAUUAAUUCGUUUUAACUAUUCUGGGAACAAGAUUAGUUCUUUAAAAAAAAUCAUAGCCAAACAAAGUGUGGAUUGGAUGUAUUUUUUAACAGAAUUAACCAUUCGAUCAAUGCGAUAAUUAAUUGUCAGAUUAGUCACUGUGUUGACUUCGAUCAGCUUGUUGACAUGUGCUGUUUUGUUUUGUUUUUUUAACUCACACUAGGAUUUCUCGUGAUUUCAAAUUGGAUGUGUUAAACUUCUGACAAGAUCGCUUGUACAGGAUUUGAUGGAUUAGAACAAUGGCCGAUGUCAGGGUGUCUUAAAAAUGAAUAACAUCAAAGAAUGAAAAUGAUUUUUAUCCAUAAAGGGUCAUUUUUGACAUGCGGAACAAAAUGAAUUGAAAAGAUGUGAACGUCAAGCGAGACAACUCUUGUAGUUUUCUUAGAAUAAAAAAAUGUUCAAGUUGUAUCCCUUUCAUCGAUAUGUUUAGAUUUUUGCUACAAUUGUCAAGGACUACUGAGCUUGACCUUCGAAACAAAAUUAAUAUGAUACUAAUGGAAUUGACAUCAUUGUCUAAAAGAAAGCGGCACCGAUAUUUCUUAAACAUCAUCUGAUUGGUUACUUCUGAUGGAUACACAUGGUGAUUAAAAAUAUUCUUUCCGUAUCACCUUUCCAUCAUCUUCACAGGGAAGCCCAGUUCACCAUGGCCUUUGACCUCAACUCGACCCUGGCCUUCAGCCGCUUCAAAAACGCAAGUCUGUCGGAUGACCAGGAGGAGAUCCUGCCUGAUUCGGUCAAGUACGUCAGAGGGGCUUGCCUCGUUGUCAUCAGCGUGCUCGGCGCGAGCUUCAACACCUUCAUGAUCAUUGCGAUCGUCCCGAACAGGCGACUGAGGACAGUACGGAAUAUCCUAUUGGUGCAUCUUGGGGGUGUCGGCUUAUUGUCCUCUGUCUUUACCACAUUGUAUCCUGCCAUUAGCAUGUUUCAUGGUGAGUGGGUAGGAGGCACGCCUAUGUGCCAGGCCUACGCCUACGUCACAAGUGUCUUCACCAGCGUCUCUGUCUGGACGAUAGCCGCCCUCAGCUGGGACAAGUACCAAACGAUCGCCUCUCCACUGCAUCACUCUCUCACGGCCACUCUCCAGAAGAUGCUGCCCUGCUUCGCUGUGUUCUGGGGCUGCGGGCUUGUGCUCUCCUUGCCGCCCCUGUUCGGGGCGAACGAGUACGCCCUGCAUAAGCCCAUGGCGAUCUGCGGGGUGAAGUUCUCCAGUACAGACGGCAGGUGGUACACUUGCGUCCUGCUGUGUCUCUCCUUCAUCUUCCCGUUCUGCCUGAUGAUCUACUGCUACGCUCACAUUUUUCGCAUCGCACGCACGCAGAGCAGCCGCAUCGCCGCCACCAUGCUUAGAAUGGUCAGCGUCAUCCAGGCGCCCAUCGCGCCCACAACGCAGAGCUCCCUCUCCCUUCGGGGGACCAAAGCCAUGGGCACAAUACUCCAGCUCAUCGGAUCCUUCGUCCUGACUUAUCUCCCCUAUUCAAUCAUUAUCAUCUACGAGGUCAUCUUCGCCGUGAAGGCUAACACGUUUUUCGUUUCCAUAGCGACCACCCUGUUUCAGGCCGCCCCCUUCAUUCACGCCGCCAUUUACGGUAUACGUAACCAAAUCUUGAGGACUUCGUUCUACAGGUACGCCCGCCGCAAGUUUCAGCAUUGCUGCGCCAAAGACAAACGCCGCGGCAGCGUGAAAUCGCUCAACAGAAAAUCACCAUCGAAUAUGAAAAUGCCCAUGAGGUGUUUGGUUCGUGCCGAUGGCAAGCAGUACGUCCUUCGGCGAACGCUGUCCUACCAAGGCGACCCGCCAGCAGACGGCGCGGGAGAGCUGACAUCGACCGGCUUUCCUCGGCCGCAUUCUUUCAACGUGCUGAGAAAAGCCAACGGCUGCUCUCCUCAGCUUUCCAACGGGCUAGCGUUACACAACGGGAAUUCCCUAAAGGACGAGGGCAAGCAAGUCAAGGAAGUGUCGUUCUCGGAGAAAGAUGAGGUCUCGUACAUUCAUCCCGACGGGAUGUCACGGGUCGCCCGGGAAGAGGUGUCCUACUACAGCCGGGACAUCAUGAAAGAGAUGAGUGCAAUGGACUGGGAGGCGGACGAAGUGUCCAAGUACGACCGAGCUGACCACGAUGAUGGGGAGCCACACGCCAAGAAAUCCUUCUCCUCUGCCAAAGAGAACGGCCCGGACAACCGAAAAGACGAAAUGUCCAGACUGUACAAAUUUAAAGAUGAUAUCACCAAGCUGGCGCAGUCAAGGGUUAAGAAAAAGUUUACACCUGGCAAGGAAAAAAUGAAAAAAUCCAGAUGUCGCUACGAUCAAGAGGAGUCCUCCAUCUUUCACGUCAACGAAGAUUCCAACUACGACGUGGACUCAGAUGACGGUGUGUCGUGCGCUUGAAGUCACUUUCUUUGGCGUAGUAAUCUGAAGAUCUUAUUGUCAGGAACAAUAGUGUCAAUGCAGUCUCUCCAAGGGGCUGUUAUUCGUCUACUGAUAAUCCAGUUCCAGAUUCGGCUCAAUGACGCAUUUUUCUGAUUUGCCACUUCUGAUUCGCAAAGAUAUCCUACAACUUUAGAAGGAGCCGUGAUUUAUCUUGCACUCUAAACAACUCUUCGGAAGCAUUCCCAAUUUUAAAAAAAAGGACGUGAAAAUCGCUUCAAUUAAAUGCGUAUAGCAUGCAACCUGUUUUAAUUUCAACAAAGGAUUAUAUGUAGCCUACUGGAUUAGCGUCUAUGUUAUUCAGAUUAUCAUACAUUAAGCUUCAAUACACACAAGUCUUGUGGAAUACAACGGGGUCGAUAGCAACAUUUAGUAGUGUUUUUGUUUUCGCUUGUGUGAGAGGGAUUAAAGGAGAGUGAACUAUCCUACAGAGAUACCAAAUCACGCGUGACUCUCGAGAUAUCGAAUUAGCUGAAUGAUCUCUUUCAAUGAAUCAGGAUCAGUGAUUAUUUGAUUUCUACUAGCAUCGAAUUUAUGGUGAUAUAUAUUUAUGACCACUACGAAAUCUCAUUAUGAACUUUAAAAAAAAAAAAAAAACAAUUCCAGCUCACCAAAGUUUGCUCACUAAGACUAUAAUAUUUUUUUUUUUUAUUUUGAACAUCAAUAUUCUAAACAUAUCUUGAUGAUCAUGCUGUUUAUAUUUUUUACCAAUGGAUGGUUUACUUUUGAGACCCGAGUGAACUCUUGAACUCUUCACUUCUGCUCAUUUAUUUAUUAUUACUUGUUUUAAAAAAUAUAUAAAUUGUCUCCCCUUCCAGCCCUUCCGCCUAAAAAAAGGAAAAAAAAAUAAUGGCUCAUUGUCAGCUAUAUUUUUGUAAGUUUUGCUGUGGGGAAUGGAAGAAUUGUUGAUUUGCAUUGUAUAUUUGUUUUGUUGUUGUUGUUGUGUAAACCCUUUACAAAAGAUGAAUGUAAUUUUUAUUGACAUCAGUGGCUGAGCUGGUAGAUAGCUUGGUUACUCUAGAGUACUCUAGACUUACUUGAGGGUUUAAUGGGUUAAUACACAAAUCCUAAAAUUCAUAAAACGGUCCUUUUUAAACCUAGCUCUGAAGAGACCAAUUAAGGCAAAGGGGAUAACCCUAAUCAAAAUAUUGCAGGCCCCUAAUGGGCAUGUUAAGCCAUGCUUAUAGGGUGCACGCUGGAUAUAAAAUAUUACAUUCACACUAUCCUGUUCUCGCAGUGAGACACUAACAAACACUUCAUUGAAGUAUAAAGUAUAAAGAAGACUUCUAUGCUUUAAACAGCAUUUUUUCUUAGUGCGGGCCGCACCGGGUGACACCGACCCUAGUGACGCUACUGAUUUAAACUCUAACCUCUAAACCUCAUGAAACGUACCGUUAAUAAAAAAGCAAGCUCAAUGGACUAGUCUCUUUUAAUUGUGCGUUUGUUUGUCCUUAAACCUUAAACAACAGAUCAAACAUUGGAUAGGCUUAAAUAACGCCUCUGAGGUUGCUUGUGUUGGCAGAGAAAGUUAGGCCUAAAUUAUUAACUGCCACAAUAAUUCGCUAACAAAAUUCCACUCAGCCUGUCCCCUGACAUUAAUAAAUAAUAAAUAAGUAAACAAUAAAUAUUACAAUGCCAAGCUUAAUUGUAGUUGUUAUAUAGGGGGGGGGGGAGAUGGCAGCAAGAAUCCAAGAGUAAUAAUAAUAAUAAUACUUUCACACACGCAAUUUAGAAGAAUCAAAAGAACCGAUUCUUUUCAAAAAUUCAUUCAAACAAAAUUCAAACAGGAACUGGCUGCCUCAGCUCUUAGGGAAAACUAAAAUUAGCACCAUGUGAUUCUUGCAUACACCCAUAUAUUGCCACAAAUGACUAACUAAUAUGUUAUGGGUACCGUAUGUCACAAUGAAUUUACAUUUUUGUCUUUGUAGACUUUUUUUUUUAACCUUGCGGAAACAACAAUGCUUUCAUUAGGACUGAGAUAUAUCAAAAUUUAUUGAUGUUGCUGGGGUGAACAACUAUUUACUAGAAUACAAAACAUCCAUAUAGGAAAACUUGCUAAAGCAAAUUGUAGAGACGCACUUUAGGUGACAGCUAGUGAACGCAUUAUUAUGACGACAUAAAUUCAAAACGAGGCUAUAGAUUUGACAAAGAUAAAAGGACAAUUGAUGCGAGGCUUUCUUAGGAUUAAUAUCGUCUAUUAUAGCAACUGAGACUAUGUCAAUGCAAUAGUAUAGAUCUAUGUAACAACAUGCUGACUAUUAUAUAGGCUAUAUUUAUAUGUAACAAUACCUGUUGGUAUUAUUUAUGGUAUAUUUUGUUUUUUUUUUUUGUUAAUUUCCUUUAUAAUUUUAAUUUUAUUAAAUAAUUGAUCAUUUUUCUUCAAAAAAAGCCAAGCAAUAUACAAAUGUCUAACUUCUAUAACUUACUUAAAGCCUAUAAGAGUUUCUCAAGGCCAAAAUUCUUCAGACACACAAAUCUAAAAACAUUCUACUGCAAUACUUUAUUAGUUAUAGCUAUUUUUAUUUUUCUAAAACAAAAUUUGUAUAUAAUGUUAUUACUGUGGUCUCAAUUUAGUAACAGGUCAUUAUUUAUUUAGUAAGAUAAUUAGCCUUCAUAUCUUACAAUGUGCUUUAUCAGAGAUACCAAGGUAACCUGGCAAUAUACUCUAGAUCCAAUGCAUCCUGGCAAUAUACUCUAGAUCCAAUGCAUCCUGGCAAUACACUCUAGAGCCAAUGUAUCCUGGCAAUACACUCUAGAACCAAUGUAUCCUGGCAAUACACUCUAGAACCAAUGUAUACUGGCAAUACACUCUAGAACCAAUGUAUCCUGGCAAUACACUCUAGAACCAAUGUAUCCUGGCAAUACACUCUAGAACCAAUGCGUCCUGGCAAUACACUCUAGAACCAAUGCAUCCUGGCAAUACACUCUAGAACCAAUGCAUCCUGGCAAUACACUCUAGAACCAAUGCAUCCUGGCAAUACACUCUAGAACCAAUGCGUCCUGGCAAUACACUCUAGAACCAAUGUAUACUGGCAAUACACUCUAGAACCAAUGUAUCCUCCCAAUACACUCUAGAACCAAUGUAUCCUGGCAAUACACUCUAGAACCAAUGUAUCCUGGCAAUACACUCUAGAACCAAUGUAUACUGGCAAUACACUCUAGAACCAAUGCGUCCUGGCAAUACACUCUAGAACCAAUGUAUCCUGGCAAUACACUCUAGAACCACUGUAUCCAGGCAAUACACUCUAGAAGAAAGGAAAAUUAGUGAAAAAUAUUGCAUUGAAAGUGACUAUUUCUAUCAAAUGAUUUUUUUUUUAAUAAUUACAAUCCAAUGUUUUUCCAAUUUGACAUAAUUUAUUGAUUGUAUUACUUUUUCUUAAAGAAUUGAUAGUAAUAAUUAAUGAGCAAUAUAAAACUCUGUGACUGUGAUAUUUAAAGGGACUUAUAGUGCAAUCUUAUUUAAAUGUCUAGCUCUCAAAGAGCAAGUUACUCCUUCAUUGAUAUGCCACUUUGUGUAUUGGUAAGAAUGAGAUGUGGUCAAAGUCUGCAUUUCCUUUGACUGUGUACACAUUUAUUAUUUGAGAAUGUUUCUUUCCAUUCAUUGAGUUGUAUUAUAGCAAUAACAAACACAUCAUGUCAAAAGUAUCAAAAGAAUAUUAACAUCACAUCAAAAUUUGUUACUUGACCUGCACCCUUUUUUUUUUGUUUGAUGACAUAAUGGAGAUUAGAACAUAGAAUUUUUUUAAAUUCCUAAAUGAAAACUAAAAAAAAAAUUUUAAUUCCUUAAUGAAAACUAGCAGGUGUGGUGGCUGUGCGGUAAAGCGCUUGGUUUCCGAACCAGGGACUGGGGUUUGAAUCCUGGUGAAGACUGGGAUUUUUAAUUUUGGGAUCUACGGAUGCCUCUGAGUCCAACCAGCUCUAAUGGGUACCUGACGUUAGUUGGGGAAAAGUAAAGGCAGUUGGUUGUUGUGCUGGCCACAUGACACCCUCAUUAACCGUAGGCCACAAAAACAGAAGAUCUUUACAUCAUCUGCCCUAUAGACCACAAGAUCUGAAAGGGGAACUUUACUUUUUUUUACUUAAAUGAAAACUAGGGUAUCAAUCUUGAAACCCUGAUAGCAAAUAUUCUUUUAUCAAAAUUCUGUAUUAACCUGGAACUAAGUGGACUAUACUAAAGUGUAGAAGCAGCAUGAAAACGUUUUCCCUGAUAAUUUUAUUUUAAGACUUACAGGCAGGGCCUUAGUUAAGGGAGGCCAGGCAGAGCUACUGCCCCAGAGACUCCACAAGAGAGGGGCUUCCAUAAAAUAUUUGUAUAAAAAAUGUCAGAAUUUCAACUGGUCAGAAACUUUAACGUUUUGUUUUCAAAUAUGUUUUUAUAUUUCACAUUUUAGUGACAAUACUUUAAAUCUUAUGUUUCAAUGUCAUGGUUAAGAAGUUUCCGCAUUUAGCUGCUUGUAAUAUAAUAAUGCAGCUCAGGAUUUAUGACAGUUCGUCAUACUGAAAAAUAUACAUUUUUCAAACUAAAACAUGCAUAUUAAAUAAUUUUUUUAAAAGAAAGUAAAUUAGUUUCAAUGGACUCUGUUUCUUUCUUCUAAACUAUGGCAUGCUUUGAGAUAUUAGUUUUAGUAUUAAUAUGGGGGUUUGUAUUAACUCUUUCUCUCCUAAAUGGCGAUGCCAACGUUGAUUUGACCCACAAUAAACUAAAUUGAUUUUGGAUUUAUAAACUUUAAUUUGUGUUGUGUAAAAAGAGCAUGGAUUCUAUAAUUCAAUACCAAAUACAACAUUUUCUGAUAACAAAGAAAAAAGUUAUUGAAGUUUAAUAAUAACAGGAUAGUGAAAUACAAAUGAUGAGCAAAAUGAAUAAUACUAUCGAAACGAGAAAAUUAAUUACGGAGAGAAAGAGUUUAAGGUUUUGAAAAGUAUAGGGCCUCCACAUAUCUGGACUUAUAAGAGGCCCCAAAUCUCAAAUAGCUAAGGGCCUUUUCAAGUCUUAAUUGGCACUGCUUGUAGAAAAUGAUAUGAUGUUAAAAUCAUGUUUGUGAUUGAUACCAUAAUAAAUAUUGCUGAGAGGCUGAAUAUAGAGAAUCUAAAUGUCCAACUAGUGGUUCUGCUGAUACUUACAACUUUAAACUUAAAAGUCUCUACUUCACAAGUUAAUACAUGAAUAUUUGUGAACAUUGUAGGUGUUGAUGAUUAUUUGUGAACAUUGUAGGUGUUGUUCAGGGUUUAGUGUUUUCCUCUUACCCUGAUAAACUGAUAAUCUAUAUCUGUUCAGUCUUUACUUUUUGUAUCAGUAUUUGUUCCAAUGAUACUAAGGGCCUGAACUUGUGAUAACAAAAAUCAAACAUAUUCAUGAUCAUUAAGAUAACUCAAUCUGACUACAGAUAUAACUAUGUGAUACUGAUCUUGAUAACUCAUAAUUGUUUUACUUCGAUGGCUGUGACAAUUGGUUUUUCAUGAAGAUAUUUUAUACAAAUGAUUUUAGUUUUCAUUGGCCAAGCCUUGUUAAUCAAAGUUCAUUUCAUAUAAAGCAGUUUUCCCAAACAUUUUCCUCAACGGAACUUUUCACACAUUCUGACUAUAUUACGGAAUACUUUGCAUAUUUUUUUAGAGAGAUUAAUUAAUGUGGUGGCCUACUAGCUAAUUAUUCCAGUAGUUCGUGGAACAACCAUUCAGGCCUUGCGGAUAACUAGAGUUCCACAGAACACAGUUUGGGAAACACUGAAAUAAAGCAUUCUUUGAAGCCAUGUAUUUUGAAAUAUGAUCAUAACUAUAUAUGUUUUUAAUUUUGUUGUCUUUAACAAAUGUCUAAUUUGUUUUGAGCUCCAUAUGUCUCAUGUAUAGUCUAUAUUCUAUAACAAUAGUGGUACAUCCUAAGGUUUGGAAGUGACUUUAUGGUUAUCAAAUUUUCCAAUGUUCAGUCACUAUCUCCAGACAAAUGCUUGUAACUGGUUCUUUCCCCCUCCCCCCCCAAUUUUUAGUUCACAUUAUACUUGAAACCACUAAUUGUAAUGAAUUAAUGAAAUGUUGAUCAAUUACUGGUGUACGGUUAUGUGUAUGUGAUAGGCAUGGUGGCCACAAGAACAAAAAUUGAAAGCAAGUUUAAAAAAAAAAGAUUCUGGUCACAUGAUUUCUAAAGUUCUAAAACAUUUUAAGUUCUGGGGAUGUUUUCUGUGAUUCUAAUGCAUAUUAUUUAUGUUGAAUAUUAAUGACGAGGUUUUCUCUGUUGAUUGAAUGGAUGCAUGCAUACUUGUUGACUGAAUGUUUGCAUAAAUAUUUGAUAACAUCUCUCUCCCCCUCAAGAGAGUUCUAAGAAAAACUAAAAACAAAAGAUAAAUAAGCAAAUCAGGAACUUAAGUCACUGUCAGAGCCAGUAGAUAAAGAAAGAAAGCAAUAUUGGAUGAAGCUACACAGACACAGGUGUGACAGGAAUUCCAAGAAAGAAAAUAUUUAAUGUCAUUUACCUGGCUCUACCACCCCCCCCCCCCAACCCAUUUUCCACCAAACUCUAUAGAAUAAAUACUUUAAAGAUAAAAUCAUCAUUAAAAAAUGUACUAACCUUCGGAAAGGGAAAAAGGGGGGGUAAGGAAGGCACACACACACACAUUUAUAUAAACACAUAUAAAGUGAGAGAGAGAGAGAAUUAUGUUCCCCAUUAUGCUUCCCAUGUCUGUUUCAAUGUCUAACUUCUGGCCAGGUGUUUGCUGUUAAUUCAAUCCAUAUCCAUGGCAGGUUUGUACAGUUGAACAAAAAAACAUUUCUGUUGUGCAUUUUUGUGAUAAAAAAAUUAAUAAUACCAGCAAUAUUACUUU